GGGGCGUGUGACGUAGUGAGCAUGUGCUGCGGAUUUUAUAAACAUUUCUGGUUGUGUCCGGUCACUCUGAGCUCGUUCCUCUCUGUCUCAGCACGAUGCCGAAGUAUUGUACGGCCCCAAACUGCGGCAAUAGCGCCGGACAUCCAAAUCCCGACAAGAAAAUUAGUUUUUACAAGUUCCCCCUGCACGACCCCCCGCGGCUGCGUCAGUGGCUGGCCAACAUGCGCAGGGAGGAGUGGACGCCCUCGCGGUACCAGCACCUGUGCAGCGAGCAUUUCACCCCCUCCUGCUUCCACCUGCGCUGGGGCAUCCGCUACCUGGCCAGCGACGCCGUGCCCACCAUCUUCCAGCACGGAGACAGCCCAGGGAAGCGGAAGGGCACGGAGAAAUCGGAGAGGAAAGCCAAGCGGCCGCGGGUCGGGGCGCCCAAGGCGGUGGUGUCCGCGUUGGCGGGCGAGGCGGCGUGCCAGCCGGACGGGGAGGCCGGUGGCGUCCAGCUUUACGCCAUCGCCGUGGACCCCUCCCGGCCCCUGCUGCUGGACGCCGGGCAGCUCGGGCAGGUGGUGCAGACGGUGCUGCCCGUGCCCCUGCUGGAAGGCCAGGGCGACGCGGGUGGCAGCUUCCCCGUCACGCUGUUCCAGAGAGCUGGCGAGGGGCCGGGCGAGCGAGCCGAGGUCGCUGCGCCGUCCGAGGGAGAGGAGGAGGACCCACGCUCGGCGAUUCCGGGGGAGAGCCGGGACGCCAGCGCGGGCGACGCCCUCGGCCAAGCCGGGACGCCCCCGAGCUCGUGCCCGGGUCUGGUGGUGGAGAACGUGGCCUUCGAAACGCUUGUUGACGCCUCUCCCGUGCUGGAGGACGAGCCAGGCCUCCAGAUAAUUGCCUACUUCGAGACCAUCCCCAACGCCACGGUGGUGCCAGCCCCCUCCCAGCCCAGCCCCCCGGCGCCCCCCGACACCGUGCUGUCCAGCGCGCUCUGCCCGCCCAUCGUGUCCACGGUGCCCAUCGUCUCCAAGCACACGCCCUCGCCCGGCUCCCUGGUGCUCACCCUGGAGAAGCUGGAGAGCGCGGCGCGAGAGGAGGAGGGGGCGGAGGAGGGGCCGCGGGCCGGAGACAGCGUGGACUCGCAGGGCAAGCAGCUGGAGGAGCACCGGUACCACAGGAACGGCCUGAGCAAGGAGCAGCUGGAGGCCAUCGUGGUGGAGCUGCAGAAGAAGGUGAAGGUGCUGCAGCAGAGGCACCGGCGGCACCUGGAGAAGCUGAUGGGGCUGGAGAGCACGGUGGCCCAGCUGACGCACAGCAACCUGCUGAGCGAGGAGCGACUGCAGCUGCUGGAGAGGGUGAGCCCCCGCCCGGCCCGGCCCGGCCGCCUGCUGCUCCUCUCUCUCUCUCGCAGGUGUACACGUGCUGCUCCUCUCGGCGCUGUGCCUCCUCUCUCUCGCAGGCGUACACGUGCUGCUCCUCUCUCUCAAUUCAGUUCAAUUCAAGGUGCUUUACUAGCAUGACCGAUGGGUACAAUCAGUGUUGC